AUGUCUCUUCUGGGCCUGCCAACAGAACUUCGCCUACGAAUCUACGAAUUCCUUCCAGAACUUGCACCAGACCGCUACGAGACCGUAACUGCCUACUCCAAGAUCACUCCAUCCAUCUGUCGGGUCUCUCGCAUCCUCCGCUACGAGACUGUUCCCGUCUUCGCAAGCGGCUCGCAGUUCGCUGUUCAGAUCGAUGAUGCCGGUGACGGCUGGUACGACCGUCUCUCCUGCUGGCUGGAUGCACUGGGUCCAGAAGCUAUCUCUCGGAUCCGGAGCUUGCAGAUAUCAAGGCACUGGUGCAUUCCCAAGCCGUUGAGAUGGCAGGGCCACGUCGGCUUCUACAUGCGGAUCGAACAGCGCAAGCCAAAGAAGAUCUCGUCCAAAUCCUCCGUUGGCUCGAGCUCCACGAGCUCCUUCCGUCCAGAGUGGGACGAGAGAUUUGUACGUCCGAUGGCUGAGGGUCGUUGGGAUGUCACGACCGGCACCUAUCCGGUCGCACGCGAUAUGCGCGGCAUGCGGCUCGAGUCCGUAGAGCUACUGGCUGAAGUGAUCCGUCAUCAUCUCCAUGUCCCUACGCCACCCUCCGACGCUCUUUCCCUAUCUCAUAACAUCGACAACCCCGGUCUGCACCGCCGCGAUGUCGAGUUCCUCUUCAAGGCUCUGGAGAUUGUGGCUUCACAUCCGAUCACCGCCUACGACAUUGAGCAAGCCGAAAGUGGUCGUCACCGUCGCCUUGAGACCUGGACGAACAUGGAGAACCAGCUUCGCGCCCUCAACGCACAAAUGCCGGCGGGGAAUAGCCUUGAUGAAAGCGCCUUCACAAGUCGCUUCUUCACACCGUACUAG